CGUUAUUUCGCUUCACACCGUGUUUGCGUUCACAACUCAUUCGGUUCGGGUUCUGCAUUUUAUUUUAUUAUUAUUUUUUUUUGUUUGUUCUGCUCCUGCCUGGGUGCAGUUUCUUCGUAAGUCGGCUCAUCACAGGAGUUGGCGCCCUCUCUCGCGCCGACGGGGAAUGUCGUCGUCUCAUCGAUUCAGUGAAAAUUAAUGCGGAAAAUUCGCAAAUGGACAUCUGAACAGAAAGAGCAUUAAGUAGGAAAUCCACAUCAUCAAUCCAAGUCAACCAAUGGGACCAACUCACUGUGACUCGAAGUGGACACAAUCAGCAUCCGAUUGCCAGGAGCAGAAGCAACAUCAUCAGCAGCUACAGUCGCAGCAGCCACUGCAGGAGGAGGCGGAGGAGCUGGCAUCAUAGGAGCAGCAACGUCUGCAGCAGCUGCGCUAGGUGACGGCGUCUCCGUCACCGGCUCGUCAAGGAUGUCGAGCCGCAAGCCAGGAGCCGCAGCCACAACGGGAGCCGCCCCUAAGGCGGAAACCCCAACCGCAGCCGUCCUGGAGGACACUGCGAAUACCUCAGCCACUGUGAUCCUGCCAGCCAGCAGCGAGGACCAAUCUUCAAGCACUGGCGAGGAGCAAGCCACAGCCGGAGCCACAGCCACAGCCGGAGCCACAUCCCCCCCUCCCGAGGACAAGGAUAUUGAGGGGGAAAAAGAGAAAGCGGUAGAGCAGGAGCAGCAGUCCAGCGGGGAUGCCAAUUCGAAUGUGGACCGAGGCCAGUCCUCCCCCGCGACAAUAACCGAGGGGGUGGUGGUGGUGGUCCCACCAAAGCCACCCACGCCCACAAUUGUCAGCGAUGGACUGGCCAGCAAGAGUGUUCGAAUCACACGACUCUCGUCGCCGCUUCUGUUGCUUAGCUCUCCCACAACCACCGCCACCGCCACCGCCACGAGGAAUCGUGAGGCAAGCGAAGAUGGCGAGGAGCCGCCACCGCCACCGUCGCAGUCGUCGGGAAGUCAGAGGAAGAGCUCGGCGGAGCGCUCGGUUGUUGCCCCCGUCAUUCGCGGACGCAAGUCCAUUAAGGAUCUGAAAGAAGCCAAAGAAGCCAUCGCCAAGCUCGAGGAUGGGCCAGUGCAAGUCAAAGAGGAGGCCAUCGAUGGCAGCGAACUGGAAUCCCUGCCACCAGCAGCAGCAGCAGCCGCAGCCGAUGAAAAAGACAAAGAUACAAAAGACAAGGAAAAGGAGAAAGAAAAGGACAAGGAAAAGGAGAAAGAAAAGGACAAAGAGCAGCAUCCUGCGCCGACUUGCAAUCGUGUCACCCGCAAGUCACACGCCCAGGAGCAGGCCAACAACACACGCGUCACUCGCAAUCGUCGCCAAUCCUCGACGGUGCCCGCCUCCAGCGAACAGCAGCCGCAGCCACUGCCGCCAGCACGCGGCCGCCGACCGAGAAAGUCCCAGGCAGUGGUCCCAACGCCUCUGGAGCCGGCCACCAAGCGCAAGCGCUCCGAGGACGACGUUGAGAGUGCGACAAAGUACAGUAAAGUUGAGGUGAAGGCGCCGCCACCGGAUGACGAGAUCGACGAUGCGGCGGACACUGCCGAAGAGCCACCCAAGGCUGCUGCACUGAUCAAGCAUGAAGUUUCUGAAAGGGACACAAUCUCUCCAGCAACCACACCCUCAUCCGCCCCUCCUUCUGCUGCUCCGACACCAACCUCAGGGGGACGACGGGGUCGGGGCAGACCACAGACCAAGAAUGCUGGAGGUGCAGCAGGUGCUGCCACAUCCACCAGCACGCGUGCCACACGUCUGAGCAAGGCAGGAUCGCCGGGUGGACUGGGAUUGGGAAUGGGAAUUGCCGCUGCUGCCGAGCCGCUGAUGGCCAAGCGGCGACGGGUGGGCUCCACCACACGGAAGACCGCAUCUGCCAGUUCGCUUGCCACCAGUUCGCAUGGCGGCGGGGACGAGGACUCCAAGGACAGCAUGGCAUCGUCCAUGGACGACCUGUUGCUGGCUGCCGCCGACAUCAAGAUGGAGAAGCUGACGCCGGACUUUGAUGACAGCCUGCUCCUGCCAGUGGAUCCUGUGGUGGGCUUGCUGAAGGACACACAGACACAGGCCAUGGAAGAUGAGGGCUCCACCACCAGCGGAGGGGGGGCCAACGGUCAUUCCUCCGGUCAUGCCUCCUGCAUUGAACCGCUCACCGUGGACGCCGAUCCAGCGGAGGCCGAUAAGGAUAAGCCGAAGGAGUCGCCCCUGGAGGCGACGGAACUGCCAGAGUCCGAGUCGGAGUCUGCCUCAGGAUCGGUCUCCGCAUCCGGCGAGGCUGGCAAGGCUGCCUCGCUCAGUCCCGACAUGAUCAGCGUCAAGUUUUACAAGAAGUUCCUGGCCAACAAUCUGGGCAUCGAGAAGGACCCAGAGCUAGGGGAGAUUGUCCAAAUAGCCAGUCACAGCGAAGUGGAAGUCGAAGCUGAAGCCGAGUCGGAGCCUGAUCCAGAAGCGGAGGUGGAGACAGAAGCGAAAACUGAAGUGGAGCUGGAGCUGCAGCUAAAGCCAGAGUCCGGAACGGAACCGGAGGCGGACGCGGAAGCCGAGGCCGAGGCAGAAGCGGAAGGCAAAUCCGCGUUGGAUGAUUCCUUGUACUCGAACAGCUCCCUGAAGGCAGGUACACUUCGGCUGGAGGAAAGCACCGAGGAGCGAGGACACACGGAUGAUGUCGCUGUAAAUGGGGAUGAUGGCCAUGCGGUGGACGAGGAUGACUUUGACGAAUUGGAUCACGAGAUUAUGGAGCAGCUGGCCAGGGUCAAGGCCAUGGGUGUUGCCAGUGAUCCAGAUCCAGUGACUGAAAGUGAUUCAGCUAAUGCUGAUCCGGAAGGAUUUGAGGGAAAGAAACUGCCGGCGGUAACAGAUGAAGAGCCAUCGCUGCCUGUGCCAACGGAUGCGGCGGAGGAGCAGCAGGCGGAGCAGGCGGGACACUGUGUCGUGGAGGUGUUGGGGAAAUUGACAACAAACGAUGCGGACACAGAAAUGGAAAUGGAUGUGGACGUGGAUAUGGAAGCAGAAGCAGACGCAGAGCCAGAGGAUGACUCUGAGCCAGAGAAAGCACAGCAGGAGCUGCCUUUGAUGGCGGAUCAUGAAAUGGACAAUGAUUUUCCAGAGGAGAACAAGGAGAACCUAUCGAUGUCGAGCACAUCGCCCAGGCGAUCCAGUCACGAAGGUCUCGACAUUCAGCUGACCCUCAAGGAUGAGGAGGACGAGGAGAAGCCUUUGGCGGCCAUAACAGCCACCGAAACGAAGCCCCAUCUGGAUGCAGGCGACGACUCCGCAGCUCCUCAGCUCAGCUGCCUAAAGGUCCUCAAGGACCACAAGGAGCAGUCCGAAGAGAAACUCCUGCCCGCGUCUCUGGAAUGCACGAGCAAUGCCGAGGCCAAUGGCCAGCAGGAGAUGGGACUCUCUGGCGAUGAGAAGGAGCGGCGCGAUCAAGAGAUUCAUCUUCAUAAUCUUGGCCUGCUCACGCACCAGGCUGCCGAGCAGCGGCGCCAGGACCUGCAGGAGGCUCAGACACGGCAGGCGCAGUACCAGCAACAGCAUCCGCAGCCCUAUCCAAGCGGAAAACGACGAUCUACGGCUGUGGCUGGAGCGGCAGCGGGAGCGGGAGCAGCUGCAGGAUCGGGCUUGGGCGGCAGCGCCACUCACGUGGAGUCCAGCGGAACACUGAAGACUGUCAUCAAGCUGAAUCGAAGCAGCAACGGUGGAGCCGGCGGCAGUGGCGGCGUGCCCACGGGCACUGUCAUCCAUGGCAGCGGCUCCUCUGGCUCUGGCUCAUCCUCCUCCUCGAUGGGCAGUGCCACGCGAAAGGCGAGCGCUGCCAGCACAGGGUCAGGCAUUGGCUGUGGUGCCCACGGCGUACGCCGUCAAUCCCUCAAGAUGACAUUCCAAAAGGGUCGCGCCCGCGGCCAUGGGUCAGCGGAUCGAUCUGCCGACCAGCAUGGCGUCCAUGCCGAGGACUCCUACUACACCAUCCAGAACGAGAACGAAGGUGCGACCAAGUCGAAUAUACCGUCGGGUAAUUCUGGCCGAAAGACCAAUAACCGUUUCAGUUCGACUAACAACAACAACAACAACCAAAACAACUCGACGAUAGCCAAGCACUUGGGUGCGCUCCAGCAUAGAUCUCUUUUGGAUUCAUCGCAAUCGGAGGGUCAUGGUGGCCAUGGAGUGGCGGAUCAUGGCUUCUAUCAAAUGGUGAAAAAGGAUGAAAAGGAAAAGAUAUUAAUACCAGAGAAGGCAUCUUCGUUCAAGUUCCAUCCGGGGCGACUGUGCGAGGACCAGUGCUAUUAUUGCAGCGGCAAGUUCGGGCUGUACGACACGCCCUGCCAUGUGGGACAGAUCAAGUCGGUGGAGCGACAGCAGAAGAUCUUAGCAAAUGAGGAAAAGCUGACUGUGGACAACUGCCUGUGCGAUGCCUGCUUUCGGCAUGUGGAUCGUCGCGCCAAUGCGGCGCCCUACAACAAGAAGCGUCUCUCGGCACCCGGCCACUUGGAGACGGGUGGCCCUGGCGGCCCUGGUGGCAGUUCCGUUUCUGGCUCAAAUAUGGACAAGAACUAUGCGGGCGAUGGUGUGUCCGCCGAAGGUGCCGAAUUGGGCCCCUCCACAUCGGCGGGCAGUGCGCAGCGUUCGUGCGCCGUGAAGGAUUGCUGCGAGACAGCCGGACAUCAGUUGCGACGCAAGUGCAUACGCAAGAGCGUCAAGAAGUUCCAGCUAAGCUUCGAGAUACCCGCCGGCACAUCGAUCGUCUGGCUGUGCGAGGCCCACUACAACACGUUCAUUCAGUUCACCGGCUGUGUCCUGUGCAAGCGGCGGCUGGGCAAGAAUCACAUGUACAACAUAACCACGCAGGACACCGAUCGACUGGAGAAGGCGCUCACGGAAAUGGGCAUACCCGUUCAGUUGGGCAUGGGCACCGCCGUGUGCAAGCUGUGUCGCUACUUUGCCAAUCUGCUGAUGAAGCCACCCGACAGCACCAAGUCCCAGAAGGCAGAGUUUGUCAAGAACUAUCGCAAAAGGCUGCUCAAGGUGCACAAUCUGCAGGAUGCCAGCAAUGAGGUGUCCGAGGCGGAGGAUGAGGCGGUUGAGCAAAAUGCACCAUCCGCUGCGUCCACAAGUGCAGCCGCCUCCACGCACGAGGAUGCCGAGAUGCAGCCGCUGGUGGUGGACUUUGACGGUCCCACGGACUCGAAUUCGAGCAGCUCCUCCAUCACGGCCGCUGCAGGCACGGCAACUGGCACCAGCAAGCAGAUAUCCAAGCUGCAGGCCAUCCUACAGCAGAAUCUGCCUGGCGAGCCUCAGGCCAGUGGCAGUGGGAGUGGCAGUGGAGCUGCAAAUGGUUCGGCAAACAGUUCGAAUGCAGCGAAUCCGGACAUAUCGAAUGUGCUGCGCGGCAACCCGAACAUCUCGAUGCGCGAACUCUUCCACGGCGAGGAGGAGAUGGGGCUGCAGUUCAAGGUGCCCUUCGGCUGCAGCAGCAGCCAGCGCACGCCGGAAGGCUGGACGCGCGUGCAGACCUUUCUGCAGUAUGACGAGCCGACGCGCCGACUCUGGGAGGAGCUACAGAAGCCGUAUGGCAACCAGAGCUCCUUCCUGCGUCAUCUUAUUCUGCUGGAGAAGUACUAUCGCAACGGGGACUUGGUGCUGGGUGCCCAUGCCUCAUCCAAUGCCACCGUCUACACGGAGACCGUGCGCCAGCGUCUAAACUCCUUCGACCAUGGCCACUCCUAUGCAGGAACUGCAGCGGGAAAGCGGCCCACAGCAGCCGACUCUCCGGGCUCGUUAUCGCAGGCAGUUUCGGUCACUGGCAGUGCCCUGGCCACGCCCAUCGCCAACUCUAACCAAUCUGCAGAUCAAGCCGCGCAGGGAGAUCCCCUCAUUCCGCUGGUGGAGCUGAACGACGACGACGAUGAGGACGGCGGCCAUGAGGGCCAGCGAUCCCCAAAGGAGGAUUUGAACUCGCACUUGGAACGCCUCACCAACGUCUCGGUGGACAAGCUGACCAAGCAGCUCAGCUCGAAUGCGGUGACCAUUAUCGCCCGUCCCAAGGACAAGGCAGUGCCGCCGAGCACCGCCGCAGCCGCAGCCACAGGCAGCACAGGAACAGGCACAAGCACAGCCACAGUCACAGCCAAACCAGCCACACUCGCCUCGUCGCCGGCAUCGAUCUCCUCUGCGUCGUCUGUGUCGUCGUCACCCGAGGGGGGUGAAGGUGGCACCCAGAAGGCGGCAACCUUGUCUCCCGCCCAGUUCAAGAAUGCCCCGCCCCUGGUGCCCACCAGCAGCGCCAACAGUCGGAGCAUACUGAAGACCAACCUUCUGGGCAUCAACAAGUCCGUUGAGAUUGUGCCGCUCUCCGCGUCGCUGCCCAUCUCCACCAGCCUGACAGCCGCCACAUUGAUCGCCAGUCACUCGACCGGCACGAAGACUGGCCCAGCUGCCGCCGUCUCGUAUUCCGCCCAGGAGAAGCCACACAAGAUUCUCGAUGUGGCCAACAAGCUGCUUAGCACCCAAAACGAGAGCAAGUCCCAGCAGCAACAGCAGCAGCAGGCGGGCGCACGUCUGGGCGGGGGCCUCCACUCCAAGCUGAAGCCGACCACGCCGAUGAGUCUACACCAGCAGCAGCAGCAGCAGCAACAGGCAGCGGCAUCCGCAUCCGCAGCGUCCACGAAGACGCCAACGGGCCAUGUGGUGCAGCUGCUGAACUCACCGCCGGAGUUGAUCAGUUUGGCGCGAAGAAGAACGGCCGGUGGGGGGCCCGCAGCUGCAGCAAUGGCUCCGGCUGGCUCCAGCUGGAUGGGCAAUCAUCUCAGCAGGCGACUGCAGCUGCAGAAGGCUGGAGCGGCAGGAACGACGGGAACAGUUGCUUCAGCAGGCAGUCGAGGGCCGGCCGCAUCGCCGAACGUGGUCAUACUGCCGGAAACACUGACCACGCAGGAGCGGCACGAGUGCAAGAGCUGGAAGCCCACACUGAUACCGCUGGAGGAUCAAACUCAUGUGACCAGCAAGUCGCAGGCUCUCUACCAGGCAGCCGAUGGCCGACGGCUGCCGGCCCUCGUUCAAGUGCAGUCCAGUGGCAAGCCCUACCUCAUCUCCAUCUUUGACUACAACCGCAUGUGCAUACUGCGAAGGGAGAAGCUGCUGCGUGACCAAAUGCUCAAGACCAACGCCAAGCCAAAGUCCGGCCAGGCACAGUUGCAAUCUCAGUCGCAAUCGCAGUCCGGUCAGAAUUCAGGCCCUCCCUUGAGUGCCGCUUACUCGAACAUGGUCAAGAUGGCACAGCAGCAGCAGACCGCACGACAGCAGCUCCAACAGCUGCAGCAGCAGCAUCAGAAGCAGCACUCACAGCAGCAGCAGAUGCCAACACUCCAGCCGGGAGGUGGAGCUGGCGCUGGUGCUGGUUCUGGAGCUGGAGCCGGAGCCGGAGCGGGGCGACUGGCCCGCCUGGCACCCAAGCCCAUGCCGCCGCUGAACAUUCCGCAGGUCGCCAGCCAGGGCCAUGCCCAACUGAACCUCAAUCACAGCCUAGACGGCAGCACCAGCAGCAACAGCGGCGGUAGCAGCUCCUGGCUGUGGAACAACUUCCCCGAUCCCAAGCAGUAUCUCCUGAAUGGCAACGGCGGCGGUACAGGCCCCACCGGCAAGAUGCCACACCUCACGCCCAAGCCCUCGACGGUCACUCUGAGCAGCGGCGGCAGCAGCAGCAGCAGCACCAGCCUCAAAACUGGCGGCCCCACCUACACUCUGAAGCAGCAGCAGAUGCAGAUGCAGCAGCAGAGGCUGAUUGACAAUGCCAUAUCGAAGAUACCCAAGAGCCUGAUUGUCAUUCCGCAGGGUGGCGACUCUUCGGGCUCCUCCAAAGAGUGAUGGCAUGCUGCAGAGUCAGUGCUGCUGGCACGUUGCCACGUUGUACGUUGGCAGUUGUGAAAAGCGAAGACCAUACCUAAAAAUCAGGAGAGCAAAAUCCAGAGAGCAGAAAGAGAAGCAGAAGCAUAAAGGAGGAGAAAAUCAAGAUAGUGUUUAAGACUUACUUACCACUUUUGUGUGUAUAAAACGAGAUAUACGGCUACGAAUAUGUCUAGACUUAAGUACUACAACUAAAUAAUUAGGCUGUUUGUUUGCGAACUGAAAAAUGUCCCGAGUAUCGGAGACAUCUCGAUCGACUCUAGAGAGAGAGAACUUCACUCGCAGUCGGAGCAAACUGGUGCCAGCAACUGACACACGAAAGCAGAUACGAGUUAAGGGCUACCCCUCGUUAGAUAUGCAUAUAAGAAAUACCUAAACCUAUACUCUAAUCGUCUCUAGGAUAUCGUAUAUAUUUUUUUAUUAGAUUUAAGGAGCACAUUCACUUGCGAUUCGUGUAUUAUAGAUACCAAAAUUGCUAGAGCGCCAAGUGGUUAGACGUAGAAAAGGUGGUAGAGAGAUUCCACAUAAACACACACUCACACACACACACAAUCAACACACACACACACACGCACCCAAGCUAAUGUUUAAAAUUAUAAAGAAAGAUCAAAGAAAGAUCAAUCAAAAUCUGCGGCACAAACGCGGCUCAUCGUAGUCCCAGCAGAGCUCGGUCUUGCGCUCAAUAUUCUCGAAUCCUGCACACAUUAUUUGAUUCGUACAUUUACAUUCAAAGUGCAUUCAAAGAAAUGAAAAAAGUCUGCGUUAUUGUGGUUAGCGAUUGCUUCGUUUCGUCUGGGCAGAUUCCUAAUUUAUAUUCAUUUUCAAUUUCCAUUUACUACACACAAACACACACACACUUGUAGAUUUUAAGGUUAAUUGUUACACGACUGUACAUAUGCAUACAAUAUACAUACAUUUAACAUGAGAAUGGAAAAAUACAUAAUACAAAAGAAAACAAAACAAAAACCCAAGAAAUCAAACACUAAAACAGAAAACAUUCAAAUUGAUCGGUGUCGAUUGAUGAUUCGAAGAAUUCUAGUACUAUAGAUCCCAUAAAAAGAGAAGAGGGAGGGCCUGGAGAGGAUCGUAUCGGAUCUCCCCAAAUGGAAUCGGUUUGACAAAUUGAAAAGCUUUCACCACAAAUCCAUACAAAUUUACUAAGAACCCAAACAACAAAUAAACAAAACGUAUAUACAUACAUAUAUACAAUAGAAUAUAGAGAUGAUAUCUAUAUGUGUAUGAAGAAGGAUAAUGAGGAGAUAUUUUAGUGAGCGGCGAGAAUACAAAUGUAAAAUAGCCUGUUAAGCAUAGAGAUAUAUUUAUACACUAUGAGAAAAUUCAAUUGUUGUUGUUGAAACAUUGAAAAUGUACGAGUAUUUAUAAAGCGAGCAAAGUCUAUUGAUAAUGAUAUAAAAAAACAAAACAAA